CGACGUCGCACGCGCAAAUAAAACAAUAUGGGUUGCGGCACUUGUGUUAAAGUUAUAGUUUUCAUCACCAAUAUAUUACUUGCAUUGGCGAGCUUGGCGCUGAUCGGCGUCGGCGUUGCGGCGUUACUAAUCGUACACGGAGAUGGCCCCAUCGUUGUCAUCGUUGUCGGCGCCAUUGCCUUCGUCAUCUCGUUCCUGGGCUGCUGUGGUGCCUUAAUGGACAGCCAGUGCAUGUUGUUCUCCUAUUCAAUCCUGCUGAUCAUCCUGAUGAACCUGAAGACCGCAUUGGCGACGACGAUCGUGGUGGCUCAGGACUCCAUUAAGACCACAGCCACGGCUCUGCUGCAGCAGCAGUUCGAAACUGACAACCAGUCCAUAUCCUGGAUUGAGGACGCGUUGAAGUGUUGCGGCACGCACGGCGCCCGCUCGUACCCGUACCUGAAGCUGCCGGUGUCUUGUUGCAACGAAGACAACUGCACCAUCGUCAACGCGUACCCUGGCUGCAACGGUGCGCUAAAUGAGUUCGUCGAGGACUUCGGACUGGGCACCGCUGGCUGCUGCGUGCUGCUGGUCGCCAUUGAGUUCAUUGCAGUGAUCUUCGCCCUUUACCUGGCCAACUACGUGGCAAACAAGUAUAAGAGCCGCUACUGAUUUGAUUGGUACCGGGCGUGGUGGAGGAACUAGAAGCGGUGAUCACGCUCGUGGCACAAAUGUGAAGUUUAGCGGGCCAACAUUUUCAUACUGUUGAACACCAGUGGUACACCACUCACAUUUCACAACUACUUGUGUCUAGCUAAGACUAGUUUAGUUUUUAGUUGGAACGUUGUGUACAAUGCUGUAGAAACCAAGCUAAGUAUUAGGUAGGUACUGCCAAUUUAACCACUUGUUACUUGGCGGGUUGUCUUUUUCACGAAUCAAGCAUUUCACUUUAUUUUGUAAAUAAGUAGGUAAGUAUGUACUUUUUACAUUAAUGCUUUUAAAUACCUGGUUAUUUAUGUUACAAGUUUGUAAGUUAUUUUGUAAAUAAGUAUGUACUGUUUACAUUAAUGUUUAUAAAUGACUGGUUAUUUAUGGUACAAGUUUGUAAGUAGUUGUACUUUAUUGUGCGAACUUAGUUUUCGGGUGUAUUUUAUAAUAUAGGGUUUUAUGCGUGUUGGGGCUGUAUUGUAAUAGUUAUCUGUUUUACAAGAGGGCAAAGAUGUUGUUUAACCCCUCGUGAUAAUAUUGAUAGGUACCCGAUUAAGCGACAUUUCAAAAAUUCAACCACGAGCAUA